AUGAAGCAAUUUAUCUUAAUCACAUUUUUGAUUGCAUCAAUUUAUGCACAAGCACCACGUCGUGAUAGUGAAUAUCCACCACCUGAGUUAUUGGAAGCAUUAAAACCAGCACAUGAUGCAUGUGUGAAAAAGACGGGUGUAACUGAAGAAGCAAUAAAGGAAUUUAGUGAUGGAAAAAUUCAUGAAGAUGAAAACUUGAAAUGUUAUAUGGUUGAUGAUACUGGCAAUGUUCACUUUGAGAAGCUCAUAGAAUCAAUCCCACAAUCAUUACAUGACAAAGCGUUCAACAUGGGCAAGAAAUGUUUGUAUCCACAAGGCGAGAACUUAUGUGAAAGAGCAUUUUGGUUGCACAAAUGCUGGAAAACUGCUGAUCCUGUGCAUUACUUUUUACCAUAA